AAAAAAAAAAAAAGUAAAGACCAAACCAGGUUGCUUAGUGUUUCUGAAAGCUCUUCCACAAACAAUGUUCACGGAGUCAUCAUCUCCAGCGAUGGAUCCGGAUUUACCCGAAUCCGAAACCCGACCCGGGUUCAAUCCCUCCUCCACCGCCACUGCCAAUCCCAGCACCGUUCAAACCGCCAUGGAUUCAGACUCCCUCGAAGCUAAAUCCGAAUCGACGACUUUCGAAUUAGCCUCUUCAGAAGUCACAUCCGUCGCCGAUCUACCACCGGAACGAUUCAACUCGCUGGACGAAUUAACCCACGAUCUCGGCUCUCUCCACGAGCUUUCGACCCGUGGCUCAUGGCAAGCGAUCCUCGAGAAGAUAGCUCAAGCCAGAGCUCUCUUUCUCCUCACAAAGCCUCACGAGCAUCUCACUUACCUCACUUACCAAGUUAUGGCUCUCGCCAAGCUUCGUCGCUCCGAUGAAGCCGCCCAUGAGCUUAAUUCUUUGCACGAUUUCGACGGGACGCAUUACAGGUACGAAUCGUUCCCUGAGAUCUACCCUAAUCGGAACGGAUCCAUGGUUCCUUUCUCUCUACGAUGGCUCUACGCUUUGAUCCCGACUAAGCUCGGUAAUCGCCAGGAAGGGUUAGAUCGGUUAUACGUUUUGCUUGACUUUGUUCGAGAUCGAAUCAGAGACAAAGAAUCUCAGAGUUUAGAUGCUUCUGUGGAAUUGUGGAAGAAAAGAGAAACCUUUGUGAUGAAUUGCUUGCUAGGGUUUCAUUUAGGCCACAAAGAAUUUGGGGUUUCUUUGGAUUUGCUGAAGGAAUUGAUAACUCGUGAUCCUUUAGACCCUGUUUUGAUAUCGAAACUAGGUUCUGUUCAAAUGCAGUUUGGUGACAUAGAAGGUGCUAAAACCACGUUUGAUAGGGUCGAGAAGAUGUUGAAUGAAGGAAAGAGCAAUGGCUUGUUGAAUGAAAUACAGUUCAAGAAUCUUGUGGGUAGGAAUAAGGCUUUGGUUCAUGUUGUGGCAAAGGACUAUGUUUCUGCUGUGAGAGAGUAUGACGAAUGCAUUGAAAGAGAUAACUCAGAUAUUAUAGCUGUCAAUAAUAAGGCCCUUUGUUUGAUGUACUUGAGAGAUCUAUCGGAUGCGAUAAAAGUGAUGGAGAAUGCUUUGGAGAGAGUACCAACCGCGGCUUUGAACGAGAGCUUGGUGGUGAAUUUGUGUAGUAUGUAUGAGCUGGCGUAUGUUAAUCACACUGAUGUCAAGCGGACAUUGAACAAUUGGAUAGCACGUGUUGCUCCCGAUGAUUUCGAUUCAUCUUGUACCAGAGUUUGAGGUUUUGAGCCAAGCAAAAGGUAAUUAGCCAAGGAGUUUCUAUCUUCAAUGAUGUUGAUCUUGCUGGGUUUGGCCUUAGCUGGAGACUCUGUUGUUGAUGCAAUUACGGGCUUCAAAUCCGUUAUAGUUUUCUGUUGUGUAAGCUAGCAAAUGGUUUGUUGCCCCUAAAACACUUGGUUAUCUUCCUGCAUUCGUUUUUGUCAUAUUCAUCUUCUUACAGCGAUUUCUGCACUACUUGCUGUUCAUCACGAAUGAAGAAUGUUACGUUCUUUCAAUUCUUCCUAUGCACAGAUAUUUUGGGUAAUCAAGUAUUGAAAGCAAUGUAAGCUACCUCUCUUGUCCAUUGUCCUCAAUACAAUUUAUCUAUUAGUAAAAUAGAAGUGUAGACUUUCUUGUUUUA